GCCGACAAGGGAGUGUAGUCGUGAAGAGUUUGGUGAUCGGUAGAGCGCGUGUUUCGUAGCGGAAAAGUGUCGGAGGGUGAGAUUGCGCGAGUGCACUCGGGUGCGUACACGAACACAUGUUCCGAGUGGAAAGCGCGAGACAGCUGACACUGGAGGACGCGAGCUCGACCGCGUCCGUGGAAGUCUUCGACUCGUGCGAAACAGUGAGGUUUCCCGUGGUGGGUUCCGUGCGGGUGCUAACCCGACGUGCCUUCGAGUGAAAGAGGAUAAAGGAAUGAUCGAGAGUGUCGGGUGCAGUGCAUCGUUCUCCACGACGACCACCCCGGUUCAUCGUCGUGUCCGUUGACGGCGUAUGGCUCGUCGCCUCGUCUCGAGAUUCUCAACGACGCUUCGACACGAGCAACCGUCCCCGUCGUCGUCGUCGUCGUCGUCGUCGUCCCCGUCCCGUCGUCCCGUCGUUCCUCCGCGAACGGGCGAGAGAGGAGCAGCGCACGAUCGACGAGCAGAGACGGUGGUCGACGGGUGAUCUCGAGGAAAGUGUACCCCGCAGGAACAAGCUUACGGUGGCCGAGUGACUCGUGAGAGGAAACGACGCGCAGUGAUCGAAAAGGAUACACGGAUCGUCUUGGAGCAGGGAAAUUGCCACGACCCUCCGCGACGCGAGUGGUGCGCGUAGAAGCCAGCCACGAGGAGGGUGCCCCGUACUUUCGAAGGAAAUGCGCUGCUAGCAAAUCGGCAAGGUGUCGCCCGAAUUUUUGAGCACGCUGAGGUGGAGGAUGGAGGAGCUGGAAACGCUGGAGAGCACGGAGUGCCCCGAGUACCCCGGGCCACCCCCCGAGUUCCGGUUGCCGCCACCGCCUCGGCCACCCUUCCUCACCGACGGCACCUUUUGCUCGGAGGAGCCCCUCACCGAGAUCGAAGAUUGCGUCGCCAUUCCGAUGAUCGAUGCAUCGUACCACACGAACCCAUCGCUCCAGAGCACCGCCCUGAUCAUCACCUGCGCGGUGGUGCUGCUGCUGAUGGCGGCGAUCGUGUCCGUCGUCUUCUGGAAACACAAGCGGAAAGUGCAGAACCUGUUACCGUGCAAGAGCGCAGCAGGAGCGGCGGCAGCCGCAGCCGCAGCCGCGGCCGGUGGUCGAAGUCGAGUGCUGGCUGACGGACAGUCGCACGGUGGAACCGGGAGUGCGGGUGGCGCGGUGCUGUACGAGGACCUGCCGGAAGCAGUGACGCACUCGCAGCUGCAUCACAGGCAGAACCACCUGCCCAGCCACCAUCCUGGUCAGGCGCCCACGAUCGAGAUGUUGGACGUGAAGGAUACCGGCAGGGGCGUGUUCAUGUGCAGCAGCCCGGGUCCUGAUCCGUACACGUCGCAGGACCUCUACAAUCCUGUCUACGAGGAGCUCAGUAACGGGGACCAUCCGGAAACGGACGAGGAGAGCGAGCUGAACGCGCGGAACCGGCUUCAUCAUCAUCAUCAUCAUCACCGCCACCAUCACCGGGCCGCGUCGUCGAAACCGGCCAGCGAGGACGAGUUCGCCGAGGACGAGCUCUCGGUGGGCGAACCCUCCGAGGCGCGGAUGCUCACGUCGACAGGCCCGACCUGGGGAACCUGUCCGGCUGGUGGCAGGCCACCGCGAGAGAGACGAGGCAGAAGCCCCAGGAGUCUCGACAGGCAUAGAAGAGACAAGAACCACGAUGUGGGAGAGUUCCACGAGGGGAUGCUGCUGGACGCGUUACUGCAGCUCUAUCCUAGCGUCGCGGGUGUAGCUGGCACCCGAUCGAAUAGCAAUCAACGACAACAGUCCGUCCCGUCGGUGGCCCACAGGUUACCCUAUUUCGUACCACCGAUGCCAGCGACGCAGGCCCUCAGGGUCGAGGAGAACCCGUACGAGAGCGUACCGGUACUCGGCCCGCUCCACCUCUAUUCCAGCCAAAGCAGAAGCAACAAGGAGAGGUCCCGCAAGUCGAACGACAAGUACAAGUACUCCGCGCAGUACGGGGCCGACUAUUACGGACUGCAAAACCAGGACACCGCUCCGGUAUACACGCAAGUAGGUGGUGAAUACUCGGACACCUAUUCGCAGCCGACUGACCGUCUCUAUAACGAGGAUAAAUACACGCAGCCGGUGUACUACGCCCCACGCGACAGCGACCAGAUAUCAUCCGGGAGACUGUACCAAGGCCAGCCGGACAGUAGUUUCGGCAGCGACAGCGGGUACAGCCAUCACACUUCCGGCACCACUGGAACCACCGGCACGCGCAGCAGUAACUCGAGGACGAAUCACAGGAAGGACAAGCAUCGAAAUUCGCAUCAUUCCCAUCAUUCCGCGGACUACAUCGUGUCUUAA